AUGGCGCGGGCGGCGGCCCCCUCGCGGGAGGACGCUGCCGGCGGCGCGCUGGGCCCGAGUGCGGCGCGGCGGCAGCGCAGACGUGCAAGCCAGGCUUGGGCACGCUGGUCGGGGGACUUGCUCGUCCACGACCUGCAGAUGGCGGUCAAGUUCUGGAGAGGCAGAUACGAGAAGCUGGCGGCGGCGCCUGGGGACCCCUCCAUUGCGGACCGCCUCGCGGUGGUGGCGGGGCACCUGCACGAGAAGGUCCACGACAAGGCGGCCCCUGCUGCGGCGCUGCGCCGCGCCCAGAAGGGCGCGCGGCUGGCGGCACGCAGCAGCCUGGUGGUCGCGCCUAGCAACAAGCUGGACGUGAAGCGCCACGGGGAGCUCGACCCGGUCGAGAACGGCAUGGUCCGCGGCAUGGUCCGCGGGAGCAUCGGCCAGAAGGUAGGGGCGCACUGCGACGCGCGGGGCCCCGAGGUGGUGCUGGAGGCCGAGGGUCACCGCGAGGCGGAGGCGAGCGCAGACCUCCCCUCCAUGCCAGCGGUGCCCCGCUUCCCCUCGCUCGGCGCCGAGGCCCAGGCUGGGGCUCGGGGCGCAUUCGAGGGCGGCGAUUGCGUGGAGCACAACGGCGAGCACGACGGGGCGCAGGACGUGGGGCAGUACGACGAGGACGAGGUCAGCGUCGAUGCCACGGUCGCGCCCGACCCUGGGAGCCACGGCGACGUGCCGCCCCCCUUGGACACGGUCAACUUCGACCUCUGGGCGCGCUCGGAGGUAGCGGUCGAGGAGCUGCCAACGGGCCCCCCAGAGCGCCGCUGGGAGGUGGCGGUCGCCAACUGCAUCCGCGCGGAGGACCUCUGGAUGGCGACCCUCGAGACGUUGAGACCGGCGGACGAUGACUCGAUGAUGGACGCCGACAUGGAGUGCAGCGAGGUUGAGGCCGCCGGGAAGCUGAGAG